GAGGUUGUGAUUGGCUUGUCAUGCCAGUUAGCUUGCAAUUCUGGGUUUCUGACAGACAGUAUUUAAAUUGUAUUUAUGUAUAUGACUAUGACUUUGGAAUGUAUACGGCUAAAACAUAUACGUCAUGAUUAAUGGUGGUGAUGAAUAUAUCAAGAAUAGCAAGUAUUUGUGUACUCUCAGUAUUCGAGAGCUACUUGCUUAUAAUUUAUGCAAGAACUCUCCUAAGUCAGCUUUGCUUUCGAAGCCUUUAUCUUUGAGUUGAAAGCAAAUGGGGAAUCUUUUUUGUUGUGUGAAAGUUGAUCAAUCUACGGUGGCUAUGAGAGAAGGAUUUGGACGAUUUGAGAAGGUACUUCAGCCGGGAUGCCAUUGCAUGCCAUGGUUCCUUGGAAAACAACUUGCUGGUCAUCUCUCUCUUCGGCUACAGCAACUGGAUCUUCGUUGUGAGACCAAGACAAAGGAUAAUGUCUUUGUCAACGUUGUUGCUUCUAUUCAAUAUCGUGCCCUGGCAGAGAAGGCCAAUGAUGCUUUUUACAAACUGAGCAAUACAAAGACCCAAAUUCAAGCCUAUGUUUUUGAUGUAAUUAGGGCAAGUGUUCCAAAACUAAACUUGGAUGAUGCUUUUGAGCAGAAAAGUGAAAUUGCCAGAGCUGUGGAAGAAGAACUUGAGAAGGCUAUGUCAGCUUAUGGGUAUGAAAUUGUUCAAACACUGAUUGUUGAUAUAGAUCCAGAUGUGCAUGUGAAGCGGGCUAUGAAUGAAAUCAAUGCUGCUGCAAGAUUGAGGUUGGCAGCUAAUGAGAAGGCAGAGGCAGAGAAGAUCUUGCUAAUCAAACGAGCUGAGGGCGAGGCAGAGUCUAAGUAUCUUUCUGGUCUGGGUAUUGCUCGCCAACGUCAAGCAAUUGUGGAUGGCUUGAGAGAUAGUGUGCUUGGAUUCUCAGUUAAUGUACCUGGGACAAGUGCAAGAGAUGUCAUGGACAUGGUCCUUGUCACUCAGUAUUUUGACACUAUGAAAGACAUUGGUGCUGCCUCCAAGUCUUCUGCUGUGUUUAUUCCACAUGGACCUGGUGCUGUUCGUGAUGUAGCUAGUCAAAUUCGAGACGGACUUCUUCAGGCUUCUCAUCAGUAGCCUCUACUCCACCUAGAUCUUGUAUUUGGUUUGUAUGGGAGUAUGUUUGAAGCUAUAGCGCCUGUGGUUGUAUACCUGUAUUUCUGUGCAGUGUGUUUUGUGAUUUUGUUUUAGAAUAAACUGCAAAAUUGAUCUUCCAAAGAUUAUGGCAUCACCUCAUUAAUGUUUUUAAGAUUUUUGUUAUCAAAUUAGUCCCACAAAUAUCUAAAAUGUUACCACAUUUGUUCACAUAGAGGACUAAAGAAGUGGUAACACAAAAUAAUUUAGUAUUUGAUUUGUAUCUCUGUGGGAUUGAUUUGUUGACCAAAAUCUUUGGAGGACCAGUUCAAGGACUUACUCUAUCGAUUUAUACUUUCAGUUUCAGGCAGUCAAGUAAUACUGUAUAUUCUGUUGUCUAUAUUGUGGAUCAUGCAUAACUAAACUAUCAAGUAUCCCUGUAUAUACAAGUUGUCUAAAUUGUGAAAGUUACA